GAUGCGAUGUCAAAGUCAGAACAGCGACGCAAGACGUUGAAGAAGAAAUUAAACCAUCCAAGCCAGCGCCUUACACCUCCUGGAAGAGCUUCACCAUGAGACACUCGCUCAUAUCCAUCAUCUUCUCCACCGCGCUCUUAUUCGAGAGUUACGGUCUGUCAGCGGCAUUACCGAUGGGCAAGACUGAAGAUGGCUCCUUGGAGCAGGAGGCUUUGCUGCUGAGCGAUGAGGCGACAGAAAACGGCCUCGGCGAUGCAGAUCUGGUGGCCAGAACCAGAGGAUCGAGGAUGAUCGUCAUCGCUGCCGAUCCGAACCUGCUGAGGGACCUCCGGGUGCUGCGCAGCGGACUUUCCCUCUACAAACGGAGAGCCGACGCCAACAACGGCCAGGUCACCGAGCACCGAGACAUCGGACAGGACCUGAACAUCCCCAUCCUGAGGAGGGACACCAUGAGGUGCAUGGUGGGACGAGUGUACCGGCCCUGCUGGGAGGUUUAGGACAGUUUGUCUUCAAGUCUUCGAGGCGUCCAGACCAAUGACAACCGCCGAAUCCUUUCCUGUUGUAACAUAAUCCAGAAAUCUGUGUAUCUAUAUUUAAAUUGCUGCAGAUGAGAGAAUAAAAACCAGUGAAUUCUGCCUAA